UCUACAGACCCGGCGCUGUACACAGUGUCGCGGUCAAGUCCACGUUGCUUGAUCCUCUGUUGAUCCGCCCUGGACAUGCUAAUCGCCGUAUUCUCUCCGAAAGCGGCGUUCUUCGCACACGACUGAAAUGCAGAGUUCCUACUCGGUAGCAACUUGCCUCUCACGCACACCUGGCCUCCUCAUCAGCUGCACCGCAGAUUUCUCCUAUUGGAUAAUUCGAAAGCUCUUCUGGACGUAAAUCUUCAAUGUGCAGAGUUGCCGACGAGAAUGUGGAGGUCAUUAGAUAUUUCAAAAGUGUUGUUGUCGGUCCGCUGCUCGUUUGUCGUGGUGGACUCGUCAGGAUUGCUAGUCUCCCUCCUGCAGGCUUGUUUGGUUUCUGUGUGCGACUGAUUGACUGUGUCUACAUUCUGCUGGUUUCAAUUCUCUUGUGCAGGAAAUGUUCGCUGUGUUGAUAGUUGUUUGGGCAGAUAUCGAAGGACCAGCUCUAAUCUUUCUGUAAAGCUUGCGAUUCAGAGGAUAGUAGAGGGAUCUGUAGAAGCACGAAUAUGGCGUUCGACGCACAGGGACUGGGGUUCAUGACCCUGGGGGAGGCGCUCGGUGAAGCUGAGCAGGAGGCCAUCAAAUCCAGAGAACCUCCAAAUCUCGAGAGCGUGCUGACUAUUGCACUAGUUGAUGCUCAAUCUCGUCACGUGAAGGAAAUAUGGUGUAGUGUCAUGGAAGGAGAGAUGCUCGAUUCAAGCCGGAAGCUUGCGAACCUUGUAGCGUUAGACUCGAAGACGCCACCGCAAGCUGUUGGAUAUGCGCUCGUGCAGGCGUGUCGUGAGGGUUAUCUUAUCUGCGUGCGUCGUCUUCGGGAGAUUCAGGGGAAGCAAUGCGGCUGGAGUUUGUUGGUGGCCCUGUUUAAUGCGUUUGGCAUUUUGAAAGUUGCCGAGGCAGGGCAUGUCGAGGUCGUGCAGGAGAUGCUUCGGCCGAUGGAGUCGGCGAGCACAGCUUUGAUGGGGUUCAUGUUGGCAAGCAGAUGGAGAGACAAGGAUGGCUCUAAGCAUUACCCUUUUGUGGAAAACCCGGAAAAUUUUCCCACGAAGGAUUGGAUGCAGAAGGUAUGGAGCUCGAAGGCCUUGCUCCCACAGGUGAAGCCGAUUUUUCAGGCGGGGUGGAAUUUGAUGGGGCAAUCAGGCGCUCCGGAUUGCUUUCACGAUGUGAUUCGGUCGUGCUAUGGAACGUAUUUAGUGUGGCGUGUCUCUGUAGUUGCAGCAUCUCAGUGUCAUUCUGAUGUUUUCAGGAUUUUGCUGAAGAGGAGAUGGUUGGAUAACCUCAUUCUCAAGGAAACGCUAUCUCGCAUCUUAGAAUCAGCCGAUGAAUUCGGUAGCGACCGCUUGGACUCCGUCAUGAAGAAGAUUAUUGCAGACAGAGCAAAGAUGGACACGCUCAUGUACCAAUUGGUGGAAGAAUACAGUACGAAAAAUUACCAUGACGCCAUGUUGUACACUCUUUGGAAGAAUUGUGUGAGUAAAAAAUCUUCAAGAGAUGACGGGAAGCCCAAGUGUCAGGCUGAGGCCGUCGGUGGAAUAUGGGAAAUAAAACUGGAUGUUCCGCUGAUGAUGAUGACCGUCGCAUAUGCCGCCAAGGAUGAGGAACCGAAAGAUCGGUACAAGCACUUGACGAUGCUGUACGCACAGACUGCGCAGCUGAGCAUUCAACUCUUAAGUUCAGUUGUAUUGGAGGGAGAUUUUCUAUAGGUGUCUGUAGCGGUGAAGCAAGUGAGAUUUAAGGCGGAGAAUUCUCGUUGGGAUGAUGCGUGCAUGGGCCAUUUCCCCUCCGGAGUGAGAGUGUCGGUGCUGCCCCUCACCGAUGAAGGAUCGAGCGUGACUUUGACCCACUCGUCCUCGAACGCUGAGUACACAGUUGGAAGGGUUGAGAACAUGAGUGUUGGAGCUAAUGCCAGUCUUGCUCCGAGAGGUGGUUUUGGGGCUGGUUUCGGUGUCAGUGCAUAGCAAGGGACGAAUAUUCUGAUGUCGAGCACGCCAUGGAGAUUCGAGCAGGUUCCUUUGUCGGACGAUAAUAAUCGCGGGGGCUGCUUCCAGUGGACAUUGCAGGCCAUGAAAGGCAUUCCUUUUGACAGGGCGAAUCCUAUUCGCAUGGCAGAGUCGAAUUCGAUGUGGAAGUUGGGGAGGCGAGUUGGCAGCAAUCCAUUGGACGAGCUUCCCUUCACAAGCGAAGGUGGAGUGCAAUUCAGUAACACGCAAUUCCCUGACGUUAUGAUCUGGCGGUUCCCUGUUUCGAAAAAUGGGAAGAAAUUGAGGUGGAGGAUCGAGGGGGAGGUUUACAUGACGUAUACUACGGAACACUACUUUGAAACCCGCUCAGCCAAGUUUUCCGGCGACGUUGAGGACACAUUGACCCCUGCGAAACCUGAUUUUGAGCAUAACAUGAAAAAAUUCAAGUCGGAGGUUGAGGAUUUGCUAGGUUUGGCCCCCCCUGAAAAAGAUGCGGAGCCUAUCUCCGAAAAAGAACCUUCACUUGCGAAAUUCAAUACGACUAUGAAGAAACAGUUUCUGGAAUGGCUGGAAUUCAAAAAGGAGCUGGAUGAAAUGCAAGGGAAGAAAACUCCCAAGGAUAAGCUGCAGAAGAAAGAAGAGGUUAUCGAAGAAGAAGAAGUUGAGGCAGUAGCGAAGGAAACUCUGGCGCAGGAGGAAGUGAAGCCGGAGUUGAAAUUCAUAUCUUCGGACGCAAGCCUUGGAUCCUCCUCGAGACUAUACUUGACCCAAUUCAGAGCCAGCAGAGGUGCAGAGGGUAACGAUAUUGGAGCAGAAGAUGGGCAAGAGAGGGCAAGAGUAGAAGUUGCCGAAGCAUCAAAAAUGGAUAACAAGUCAAAAUCGAUCUUCUCUUAUAGAACGAGAGGGCGUUCAACCUAUGUUCCUCCUGAGAAAGCAGUGGAAGUGUCCUCUGGUUCCAACCGAAGAGAACGGAAUUAUACUUAAACUCCUCCAGAGGACACAUCGCAGGAGUCCUCGGUACAAAGACGGAAUUCAGGAAUGCAAAUUGUGGAAACAGAUGAAGAAGCACCUGUCACUUAUUUCUCACGAUCCGAAUGGUCUGUAAGGUAUGCCGCACCGGAGAAAACAAUUUCAAAUUUUCCUCGCUCUCCUCCAAAGGGAUCAUCCUCUCCCUCUGGAGUAUUUAGUGAUAAUCGUCCAGACGAAGCCUCUCAGGUAUCCUCCACCCCUUCCUUGUCGCGACUCAGAGCCAACAAGGGCAGGUUCGGCUAUUGAGUAACCAGCGUGAUCUACUUCAAGUCAAUUUCAUCAGCAGAAAGUGCUGGAUUCAUGAGGAGACCCUACGCAACGAAGUAUCAGUCAAAGAUUUUCAAUGAGUUCAUGGCUACUUGGGAUCAGUUUACAGAUCAAGCUCGAAGCUUGAGCUUGACUCGAACGAUACGGGCGGGCAUGUUCCAAUUGGAUCCAGCGUGUGGUUGGUUGUCAGAACUAGCGAGCAGAAUCAGGCACGACUCAGCAAGUAAUAGCUUGAUCGAGUGUGUCGAGUAUUCCGGCGUGUUCUGUUCCGCAUGUGGACAUUCUGGCUAUGGAUUAAUCCUUUACCAAUUGAAUGUACACAUCCUGGCACCAAUAGAAUGAACACAAAUUUACUACUGAACUGCCCAUGUCUAACUCUUCUGAAUUGUCGAUCCUCUUCAAGAAGCCACCUGCUGAAGAAGGCAUGUUGUAAGCUUUGACGAUGAGUUUGAGUAUAUCUUUAGGAGGGAGAAUGUUUUCCAGAAAUUCACUGUGAUGGACUUUGGGCGAGGUAGAUGUGAUAAGAUUUCAUACAGCGCCAUAGUUAUUAACUGGUGGGUACAAUUAAGCGCAAUAGUGCAACCGUUCCAGGAUAGUUUCUGUUAUAUAUAAAUGUGACCUUCCAGAAAGCUCUCUUAGUUCGAAUAAUACAAUCAUAUUGGCAAGUAA